AUGGAAUGGAUCUCAGCUCUCAAGACUGCACAACAAACUGCACAUGACCGAUUACUAGAAACAGACCAGCACUUGUCGACUCAAUUGGCUACUGAGCAAGAAAGCAUCCGUGAAGUGCUACAGAUCUAUCGGCAGGGGUGCAAUCUCAUGUUACAGGAACUCUUCCGAGCACAAGAAGUACGGAUGGAGCUAUACCAGAAGCAGAUGGCGUCGAUUAAGGAGCAGCACACAGAGAUCUGCCAGGAUUUCAUUUGGGGAUUGCAGGAACUGGACUGUCGGGUGCAGCAGGGAUCGGAGAGCCGAGGUGCCCAGGUGCCCAGCUACCCCAUAUUCCCUAGGCUUUAA